GGGGAUGACAUUAUCGGCGUUGGGGGGGACAGAGGACGUUGCGGGGGCAGAGGCGGCUGUGGUGGCCCUCCGCUGGUCAAACUUCGAGAGGAGCGAGAAGUUUGGCUCAGGCUCUGGCGCAGGGUCUGGAGGGAGAUCUCCUCGCGUUUGACUUGGACUGGCAAUGACAGUUUGAGGAAGUCAGGAGCUGGGGGAGACAGGGCGAGAAUGCUGCGAGGCGGAGCGAGACGCGAGGGUGCUGCGGGGACCGAGUGGGUGUUGAGCCCGUCUGAUUGCCUUGUAGCGAGGGUAAUCUUCCUCAAUCGAUCGGGGUGUCCGAUUUGGGCACGGUUGCUGCUCGCAGCGGUAGAGGGCAGUCUCAGGGCCGUCUACGACGUAGACGUCGAUGAGAUCUUGAAAGUCGAAGGCGUGAACCUGGCCUUGACAGGC